AUGGAUAAAGUCAACGGCACGCCCAGGGCUCCCAGGCCAGUGGGCUUCGCGAACCGCGCGUACGAGUCUCCUUUGGUGGGCAAUAGGCGCUUCGGCACGCCAACUGCAUCCUCGUCGCGCAAGCCCUUUAACGGGAACUCCCUUUCUGCUAGCACCAUGAGUCAAAAGAACUUCAACGACGUUCGGAACAUUUUUCAGACAUCGAGUCUCGGGACAAGCACUGGCCCGCGAUUCGAUCCCUCCAUCCCCACCACCACACGCCGCAAGAUCUUCGCGCCCGCCGCGACUCCCGACUCGAAGAAGAUAUUCCGUGACUCGACGACAAAGGCUACUCCCCGCCGAACGAUGGCCGGAACCUCCUCCUCCGAGCUCUUCAAGAUGGUUAUCCCUUCGCCUCCACGCGAACUCACAGGCGCCGCUCUGACCAAGGAAGUGCCCAAGGAUCUGGAUCAGCACGGCUCCGUGUUUGCUGACCAGUAUCUCGCGCACCUUUGCCCCAAGGAGUUUGACGAUUUGCAAAGGCGCCAGUUCUUCUGUAUUCUUGAUCUCCGACGACUCAAGCAUGCCGCUGAUGAAAUCUUCGCGAAGAAGGACUGGAAGCUGAACAUCAUGAACUUCGCCAAAGAGUUCGAGAAGAGCAGGAGUCUUAUCAUGUUGCGCUAUGGCCUCUAUGAGUUCAAGAACGUACGGCCGUCCGCAGAAGUCCUCCGAAAAUGGAGAGCCGCACAUGGCCUUCACGACGAUGACGAUGCCGCUAGUCGCCCUCAACCUGCCAAAACCUCCAACAAGCGCAAGGCAGAUGAUGAUCUUGACCACGGCGUAAGCGCGACCAUCGAGUCGACGGGCAAUAAGCGACGUGCCAUGGAUAAGGGAGCCGACUCGGAACAGGCCGACGCUCUUUUCACGAAUAAGCGGAAGGCUUCUCUCAGCGGCGACAGCCAACAGGUUUCUAAGCAGCAAAAGACCACACCGUCCCUUACGAAGUCAGUCUUUGAGAAGAUCGCAUCGAAGCCAGGCACUUUCGCCGCUCCUUCGAUUACUUCGGCAACACCCAAACCCGCCGCUGCGAAGCCAUCUCUGCUCGCGGCUCCUUCUGGAGACAGCAACCUCGCUCGCUCCGUCCUCGAUAAGAGUGUGUCGGGCACCGCGUCGGGGAACAUCUUUGGCUAUCUGUCUGAUGCUAGCUCGGCGAAGAACAGCGGUGUUGAUGCCGAUGCCGAGAGCGAGACGGAAUCCGAGGCCGAUGAGGAUACUCAAGAAGCUGGUAGCGGUACUACCAUCGCAAAGUCGCAGGCUCCCUCAGCUGCAAUCAAUUCCUUCGGUUCCAAGACCUCUAGCAUUAGCGGGUUUGCCACAGGAGCGUCGAGCACGACCUCGGAGGCUCGAGAGACUACCCCCGGUCGCAGCCUCUUUGAUCGCGUGACGAAGGGAUCUGAUGGACAGCCACUACGCGUCACAGAUGAUGAAGAGCCUGAGAAAGAGCCGACCCCUGAGGCCGCCCCAGCUCCUCAGGCUGCUCUCAGCGCUGCCAAGGACCUACCCGCGAACAAGACCUGGACGCCUAAUUCGCCACUCAAGUUCGCGCCUCAGCCCCCGCAAGGCGCCUCGCUCUUCGGGAAUGCUGCUACGCCCUCGAGCUCCCUCUUCGCGGCUAAACCGAGCCAACCUACCUCCAGCAUCUUUGGCGCUCCUAAGCCCGCAAAGGCUGAGGAUAAGGCCCAAGACGUUAGCGACGUAGAUAAGUCGGGCGGAGAGUCGGAUAAAGAGAAUGUUUCGCAGCCUGCCACCAAGGCGCUAGCCGCUCCGUUCGACUUGUCAAAGCCAACUACCGGCGCACAACCCUCCCCAACCUCGGUGUUCAAGUCUGCUCCCUCUGAGCUCUCCAAGCCUACGACGACACCGGAGGUGAAGGCUCCUGCUAAGGCAGAUGAAGCUCGGAAGUCAACCGAAGCUGGCCCAAGCUCCGCAUCGAGCAUCUUUGGCGCUAAGAGCCAAGGCGCGACGAAUAUGUUUGCCUCACAGGCGCAGACUUCCACUACCGCUGCCUCACCGUUCCAGUCAUCGACGUUGUUCGGUGCGAAACCCGCCGAGCCUACCCCCACGGCCGAAGCACCCAAGCCGAGCAGCCUCUUCGGAGCUCCUUCAAAGGCUCCUGAGCCGGCUGCCGCCGAGACUCCUAAGCCGCUCUUUGGUGCCACUAGCACGGCCGCCACUGAAGCUCCUAAGACGAGUAGCCUGUUCGGCAACAGCGCAAAGCCUGCACCUAGCAGCCUCUUCGGUGCCUCAUCGGGAGCCAGCAAUCUCUUCGGCUCGUCGCAGGGUCAACCUACUGGAACACCUACCUUCUCCUUUGGGGCCAGCACGACCACCCCCGCUGCUCCAAUCGGUAGUGAAACACCAAAGCCUAAGAUUGACAAGGCGACGUCUGGAAAUGCUCUCUUCGGUAGCCCCAUGAAGCAGGACGGACCCUCUCCCGGCAAGAGAGGAUUUGGCGAUGCUAUGCAAGAAGACAACCCCUCGCCCGUGAAGAAACCAUUUGGCGCGAACGCGGCUCCUUCGCUCUUCGGUGCAUCACAAGGCCCCGCCGGAUCGACGAAUGGCAACGGCACGCCGCUUUUCAACUUCGGUGGAACCCCGGCUGCUUCCAAUGCCAGCGCGCCAUCUCUUUUCGGUGCAAACUCCACACCUGCUGCUGGUGGUAUGAAUUUCAACUUCACGCCCGGCGGACAAACUAGCUCGGGAAGCACUGGUUUCCAGUUUGGUGCGGACAAGCCAGCCGCGCCCCCAUCUGGUGGCAUGUUCAACUUUGGCGGAUCGACUCCUAACCAGCCCCCGGCCAGUGGAGGAUUUGUGUUUGGUGGUGCCAGCAACACGAUCGCUGCUCCUGCCCAGGCUACGCCUAGCGGAAACCAAGGUGGCGCAAACCCCUUCGCCUUCAGCGGCACCCCCGCGGCAUCCACGCCCUCGGGUCGUCCGAUCAAAAAGCCCAACUUCGCAGCAACAAAGGCGAGAGCACGUAUGGGGGGCUCGCCCGCACCACAAGCUCCUACGUUUGGUGGUAACCAGGCCAAUCCUCCCGCGCCACUCUCGGCACCCACGUUCAAUUUCACGGCUGCUUCUCCACAACCCCAACAAAAUCUGUUUGGAGGUAACGCUAAUGGAUCCUCGGCCCCCCUGUUCUCGGGACUUCAAGCACCACCCGCCGGCGCGUCCACGAACGGCACUAAUUCUCCCUUCAACUUUGGUGGAGCUUCCAGCCUGGCAACUACCCCGGCCACUGGUACUCCUGAGCCUACAGCGGAUUCGGACACUGCAGGAAGCAGCACUGCCACUGGUGCUGCUGCUGCCGCUCCUCCUACUGCUACCGCUACUGCCACUACUAAACCAACGACUACCACGGAUACUGCCCCGGCCGACGGGGAUGCCGAGCCGCGGCAGGAGCAAAUCAACCUGGUGGAGGGCGGACCUGGCGAGGAAGACGAGACGGUUGUGCAUGAUGUGCGAGCAAAGAUUAUGAAGUUUGAGCCUCCCGGCAAGGGAGAGUCGGAGGACGGUGAAGAGAAGAAGGCGAAGAGCCCCUGGUCAACUAAGGGUGUCGGGCCUCUUCGUCUCCUGAAGCACAAGACUACAGGAGCUGUACGAGUAUUGUUGAGACGUGAGCCGACGGGCCAGGUCGCGUUGAACCGCGUGGUGCUUCCCGAUUUCAAAUACAAGGCCGAGGAGAAGUACGUCAAGCUUACCACCUCCAACGACGCAGGCUCCGGCCUGGAGACUUGGAUGGUGCAGGUGAAGACGAAGGACCUCGCCAAGGCACUUGCAGAAGCUCUGGAGAAGCACAAGUCAGCGAACAAGAAGGAUUAG